CUGAUCUCAGAAAUGAAUGGGCUCGAUUACACCCUGACCAUGUACUUCCAGCAGUACUGGAGGGACAAGCGGCUCGCCUACUCCGGCAUCCCGCUCAAUCUCACGCUGGACAACCGCGUGGCCGACCAGCUGUGGGUGCCGGACACCUACUUCCUGAACGACAAGAAGUCCUUCGUGCACGGAGUGACGGUGAAGAACCGCAUGAUCCGCCUGCACCCCGACGGGACGGUGCUGUACGGGCUCAGAAUCACCACGACGGCGGCGUGCAUGAUGGACCUGAGGCGGUACCCCCUGGACGAGCAGAACUGCACCCUGGAGAUCGAAAGCUACGGCUACACCACGGACGACAUUGAGUUCUACUGGCGCGGAGGCGAUGACGCGGUGACCGGCGUGGAGAGGAUCGAGCUGCCGCAGUUCUCCAUCGUGGAGCACCGGCUGGUCUCCAGGAACGUGGUCUUCGCCACAGGCGCCUACCCGCGGCUCUCCCUGAGCUUCCGGCUGAAGAGGAACAUCGGGUACUUCAUCCUGCAGACGUACAUGCCUUCCAUCCUCAUCACCAUCCUCUCCUGGGUGUCCUUCUGGAUCAAUUACGACGCCUCCGCCGCCAGGGUGGCCCUGGGGAUCACCACCGUCCUGACCAUGACCACCAUCAACACGCACCUGCGGGAGACGCUGCCCAAGAUCCCCUACGUCAAAGCCAUCGACAUGUACCUCAUGGGCUGCUUCGUGUUCGUGUUCCUGGCCCUCCUGGAGUACGCCUUCGUCAACUACAUCUUCUUCGGGCGCGGCCCCCAGCGGCAGAAGAAGCUGGCGGAGAGGACGGCCAAGGCCAAGCAGGACCGGGCGAAGAGCGAGAGCAACCGGGUGGACGCCCACGGGAAUAUCCUGCUGACGUCCCUGGAGGUGCACAACGAGAUGAACGAGGUGGCGGGCGGCCUGGGGGACACCCGGAACUCCGCCAUCUCCUUCGACAACUCAGGGAUCCAGUACCGGAAGCAGAGCGCGCCCCGGGAGGGGCCCGGCCGGCACCUGGGGGACCGGGGCCUGCCCCACAAGAAGACGCUCAAGAUCAAGAUCCCCGACCUGACCGACGUGAACGCCAUCGACCGGUGGUCCCGCAUCGUGUUCCCCUUCACCUUCUCGCUGUUCCCCUUCACCUUCUCGCUCUUCAACCUGGUCUACUGGCUCUACUACGUCAACUGA